CUCCAAUUAGCUAUGAGCCAGCAGGGGCCAAGGCAAACAUUAAAAUUUUGAUCGUGUGAUCACCGUGCCUCUGACCUUUACAUUGUAACGGCAACGGCAUGCUCGGUCUUUCUUUUCUCCUUGGGAUCUCAACCGUGGCCAGGUCCGUCCGUCCAUCCCUAGGCCUGAGACGAGACGAGCAGCAUCAUCUGCCUCGACAAGACCGAUCCCCUACCCCAAUGAAGCAAGGAUGCGGUAUUCGUAAAAAGUGGAACUUGAUCAACUGGAUUGACGGCCGGUCUCCUUCAAGGCUACGUUGAGAUAAAACUGCUGCUACUCUGUAAGAAAUAACCUUAACCUCUUGUUCUGCUUUGUUAGGCAGAAAGCUGACUUUUGGUGCUUAUUUCACCAGCUAGGAGUUCUUCAAGCACCAUAUUCAAGUCAUAGAAGUUUCUCUCUCUGGAUUCUAGGGCAGCAACCUCUGCAAGAUAUUCCUUUUUCUCCUAUUGAUCUCCCCAUAUCAUUCCUUGUCAGGUUGCUAAUUUAGUUAUUGCACCAUCAGCAUCAUGUGCAUACUUGGACAAUUUCCUAACGCAAAAAGACCGAAGGGGACGUGCAUGCAUGCUAGAUUGUGGUGCACUUGUGAAAGUAUCAUCCCACUAUCUCUGUGUGUUCCCACACCUUUUUCAUAAGCAGUGCAAGAAGCUUGUAGGACCUAACACUUACCACCAUGUGCUCAGAUCAAACUCUAUAUCAAUUGUUGAUGUCUAUUCCUUCGAGAUAUUCAUAGGUUGCAAUUUUCUUUGUUUCCACAUUGCUAAAAUAGUUAAAGGCUCCAGUAGGCCCACCAGAUAGCUCUUAGAUGUUUGUUUGUGAUGACUGUUGGAUACUGUUUUGGACCACGAAAUGAUUUAAGUGUUUCUGCUCAUUAACAAGAGACUGAUGGCAACUCAUCUUUUCUGAUGCCAUCUUAGUAAAUCUUCUUGCUGGUUCUUAAGGCAAAAAGAACUCUCCUGUUUAUCUAUCCUCCUUUUAGAUUUAACAGGGGAUUGAGAUGCCUGAGUGAGAUGAUAAUAUCUUUGUUGUGCAUAUGCAUAUCGACAAACAUGUGUGUAUGGAGGUGUAUUUGCAUGCAUUCCUCCAUGCUAGUGUUUCUAUUUUCUUUUUCUAAAUAAAUACUCUAUGUGUGUGUGUGUGUGUGUUAGAGUGGAGGCCAGGAGUGGGGUGUAGUGGCUGAUUUAAUGUUCCUACUGAAAUUCUUGUUUCUGUGAGAAGAAAGAAUAACUACCGCCCAGUUAAUGUUCCUAGUGAAAUUGAGAACUUAAUAAAAUAGUAUUGCAAGUGUGCUCUUAGUAUACCCCAUAAUGCAUUAUACGAUAUUCUGUUUGCAUUUUUAAUGUACCAAUUGAGACAUGGAACCUAAACACCUACCAAAAGAUUUAGAAGUACAGUUAUUCUGAUGGGGUGUGGGACAAGGCAAUCAACUUGAUGCAUAGUGUUAAAUAAAAAAGCAAUGUGGAAGUGCCCUUGGGUCUUAGACUCUUUGGAGACUAUAACGUGGUUUGGAAUAAAGUUGCACCAUUCACAAUAUGAAAGCACUAUAAACUUCAAGCAACUCCACCACACAAUGUUCCACACAAUGCCUCGCAGUGAUACAUUAUCAAGAUAUUGAAGGAGUUAGAAAAAGAGAGAUGCUUCACUUACGCUGGCGCCCAAGUCAAAGACAGUGUUGUGCUCCACUAUCCCCAGCAGAGGGAAAGAUGAAGGAAAGAGCGGGUGGAAAAUCAACUGGAAUGCCUCUAUACGAACAUUGAUCUCAAGGGAUAUUGGUAUCAAAAGAGCAUUACCUGGGUUUAUACAAAUCCUUAGCAUAUUAGCACUGAAAUGGCUGCCUUGCUUUGGAUAUUUCUACAGAUGUUGUUCAUGGGGUUGUCGGUCCAAGCCCAAGGAGGUUUGAAGAUGGGGUUCUACUUCUCUACUUGUCAGGCUGAGGACAUCGUGAGGUCCACUGUUGAGAAAUACUUCAACAGAGACUCUACUAUUGCCCCUGGUUUGCUGAGGCUUCAUUUCCAUGAUUGUUUUGUUCAGGGUUGUGAUGGAUCGGUUUUGAUUUUGGGAGCUUCUGCAGAGAGGAGUGCAUUGCAGAACUUUGGGCUCAGGGGUUUUGAAGUUGUGGAUGAUGCCAAGACCCAGUUGGAGGCCACAUGCUCUGGAAUUAUCUCCUGUGCUGAUAUACUGGCAUUGGCUGCUCGUGAUGCUGUUGAUCUGACUGGCGGACCGAGUUGGUCUGUGCCGCUGGGAAGAAGAGAUGGUAGGGUUUCAUCAGCAUCGGAGGCGACGAGCUUGCCAUCCCCUGCUGAUUCUGUAGCUGUUCAGUGGCAAAAGUUUUCAGACAAAGGCUUGACAGAUCACCAUCUGGUGACGCUAGUUGGAGGUCACACCAUUGGCCAAACUGAUUGCUUGUUCUUCCGGUAUCGCCUCUACAACUUCACAGCGACGGGCAAUGCUGAUCCGACCAUCAGCCAGGCCUUCUUGGGACAGCUCCAAGCCUCAUGCGUCCGGAACGGCGAUGCUUCCAAGUGGGUUGCCCUCGACAAAGAUAGCAUGACAGAGUUCGAUGUUAGCUACUUCAAGAAUGUGUGUGAUGGAAAUGGAGUGUUGGAGUCAGACCAGAGGCUUUGGGGUGAUGCCACAACUCGAGACAUCGUCAGCAAGUAUGCAGGGACCAUACGAGGCUUGCUGGGCCUGAGAUUUGACUAUGAAUUCCCCAAGGCUAUGAUCAAAAUGAGCAGUAUUGGGGUCAAGACGGGUGCCCAGGGGGAGAUCAGGAAGAUUUGUUCCAAGUUCAACCGAACGUAGAAAGAUCUCUAAAAUAAUUUAACCUGUGCUUGCGUAUUCCAGCUGUGAAGAAUAUGCAGGUGGUAUAAUAAGGGGCUAAAUGAACAAAAGUGAUGUUCUAGCCACCAUCUUUGUGUAUAUUACAUUCAUAGGCACUUGCGCCAUUGCAGGCACGCACAAGAAGCGAAAAAAGAAGUGCUAUAUAUCUUCCACCUUGUAAUGUAUUGUUUCUGGUAGUUGUGUAAUGCUCGGAAGUUUGAAAUUUUAUCAGUGAUGAUGGAUGCAGGCAAAGUUGGUUAGGAA